AUGUUCGUUCGUGCUUACAUAUUUUUUAUCAUCUUUCUUCUCAUUUCGCAAGCCACUGCGGCCAGUGUUAAGGCUUCGACCAAUUCGACCAAGUGUGGUCAAGGCACAGCUCGCUGUUGCGAGGAGGAUUCAUCUGCAGCGGGUGAUGUCAACGACGAGGAAUGCCAAAGCUACUCAGAGCCCUGUGCAAGUGGUUACACAGCAGCUUGCUGUUACACCGUCUCCUCCAUGUACUUAUUACAAACCGAGCGUAAUCCAAAAGUAGCAGAAAACACGACGAUAGCGCAAAUGAAACACAAAACAACGUUUCCCGUAAAUUUCGGACAGUCUGUACACCCACCGACCGCCACUGGGGCUAACUUGAAAAUGGGCUGGACUCUAGAAAAGCGCUUAGCGAGACCCAGCAACACUAUCAUAGCCCACAAAUGUAUCGUAACGGCGCUCGGCCACGCCAGUCACCCCUGGAUACUCAAUUCUAAAAUAUCAGAGUUUAGAAUGAUCACCGCCGGCGCGCUGUCCCGUGUUGCUCGUCCGACAUUUUUCGGUUCCCAUUACUUCCGUGAGCAAUCGAUUAAUCGCCGGUCACCGUUCAAACUGUGUAGACAGUGCGGGGCAACUCAAGCACCCUCGCCACAAAAUACCUUCUACAUUGGUCACAUAUUUCGAAAAGCUCGUUCCAAUCCUAGAUACUCACACAGCCAUCCUGUACUUGUCCGAGGGGAAGAUGGACACGUCGGCAUCCACCACGAUUCGCUGAUAGGCUUGAAUAGUUGA